AUGUUGGUUCAGCUAUUUGAAUUCACACCUCUUUCUUUUAUAGACGAUGUGAUCAAUAUUACCAAUCAGCUUUUGUACAAAACUGUCAACGGUGUUGAUCGAGCAUUUUCGUCGUUGUCGAGUACAAAAAAGUCUCCGCAGGAAAUCGAAGAAGGACUACACAAGUUUGAAAUUUUAUUUGAGAGUAUUGUUGAUCGGUACUAUGAUCGCUUUGAAAUCUAUGUUUUGAGAAACAUCUUCCAUUAUCCUCCAGAACUCAAGGGUUACCUCCGUUUAGAAGGGCAAACAGCAGACUACACAAUUACAGUGGAAAAAGAUGCUGCUCUCGAUCAAGAAAUAGAAGAUGCUACCCAAGCACUCACAGAAAAACUCAAAGCCCGUCACUCUUUAAGGGUGCGGUUACGAAAAAGCGAGGAACGGCGGCAGCAAUUGAAGCAACAGUUAGGAACUCUUUCUUUUCUUUCCAGCAUCCCAAAAGAGCAACGAAUAACUUUACCAGAAACAACAGACUUUUUGUUGGAUCAAUUGGCUGGACUUCAGAUUUCCCUUCAUUCCGUUACGCAGGCAUCACCUAUCGUGCCUUCGCGUGAGGUAGACGAGCGAGUAAUGUAUCUCGAGAAACGCUACGAAAAACUGGCUGGUCCGGUCGAGCAACAUCGAGAUUUUUGGUCACAUCAACUGAUCAAACUAGAAUCCAUCGCAAACACACAAGACGUUUCGAACAUGAGUAAACUUUUAUCCUCAUCCGACGAUUCGAAUAGCGCUUAG